UUUCAGCAUUUUUUUAUUUACUUAUUUAUUUGUGUAUUUAUUUUUCUUUAUAUUUCCACAUUUUUUAUUCUAUUAUUUAUUCAUCUUCAUAUUUCCACGUUUGUUGGCAGCAGAUUGAGGAUCAAUAAUCUGAUUGAUUGUGUGAUUUAAAUAUAGAUUCACCCAGUUGGCCUCAGUGAGUCAGUAGGUAACAUGUGUUGACCUGGAGGAUAAUCCCUGUUAGCAGAUUAGAGACGCAGAGGACAGGAAACACUGCAACACACUGUCAACACUUCGGAGGAACUGUUGAUGUUUCUGGAUCGUUCUCGUUUUGGGAGGAAUAUGCUAACAAGGAUUUUAUUGUGAAGGAACGAGGAGAAGAACGUUUUUAUUGGCUGACUGAAAAACCUUUUUGGAUAUACUGAAGUUUUGAAGCUGUCUGCGGAGACGUUGAAGCCGAAUCUGAAGUCUCUGUGAUUGUGAAAUACUUUCAGCUUUUAUUGUGAAGAUCGGAACAGUAUUUAUGCUUUUAUUGUGAAGGCUAACACAAAGUUGGGGGGUUGUGUUUUCAAACAUUUAAGGCUUUUUGUGACGCGUUUUGUGGUUUUACUUUGAAGGACUCCUGAGCAGAAGACUCUUUUUGUGAAUCGUUCAGUGCUUUUAUUGUGAAAAAGUAUAUUUUGGAAGGAUUAAAACAUUGAGGCUUGUCAAACAUCUAUUUUGAAGACUUUUACUUUGAAGGAUUUACUAGUUAUGGGACAUUUUUUUUAAGUAUUUUGACAUUUAUUGUGAAGUUAUGGUGAAGGAAUUCUGUAGGGCUUUUAUUGUGAAAAGAUCGUCAUCAUGUGACCUGUCCUGAGGGGCGGGGCCAGAGGUCAAACAGCCAAUCAGCCGUCGAGGACAGGAUGAUUUCGUAUGUGGAGUGUCUCGGUGGCGAGGGGGUGGGGCCCGGCGCGGGGUCACGAUGCUGGAACGGCGGUCACGCCGAAGACCGAGACGAGCUGCUUCCUCGCAAGAUGGCCGCCCUGCAGCCGAAGACGGAGGGCAGCCUGCGCCGCCGGCUUCUCAGCGCCAAAAUCCACCAGCACCACGACGCUAUCCUGGGGCUGAACGCGGGCAGGCCGGGGACGCCAUCGGGUGACAAAAAGCCGUUCCCGCCUCACCUUCAGUAUCCGGGUAACAGCCCGUGGUACCGCCGCCAGCACCUCCCGCCACACGUCCACCCGUCUCUCGCUCCAGAGGCUCAUGGGAAACUUUUCCUCGCCCCUGAGGCUUACAGGAAACCCGAUCAACAACCGGCGCCCCUUCAGCCGCCGCGCUCCGCCUACCCGGUCCUCGCCCAGCGGAGCCGAACCGGUUCCUGCCCCCCGACCCCGGAGCCCCGCCCCGGUUACGCCCUGCCAGUCCCCUCGCCGCUCGGCGCCACGCCGCACCUCAGGGAGCCGGAUGUGCCGCCGCAGUACCGCUACCGGCCCGGUAAGAGGCGCCGGACCGGGUUCUUCUGCUUCAGAACCCACCGAGGGAGGAGCUCCGGGCCGGACGCCACGCAAACCACGCCCCUUCUACUCAGAGCAGGCGACCGGGACAGCAAGUGGUCCGUUCACUACACUACCCAGAAGCCCCAGCAGGGUCUCGUCUUCGUCCCCGCUAAGAGACGGUCCGGCAGCGCUGAUGAUCUGAGAGGUCAGAGGUCAACAGAGCACUCAGCAUGUAACGGGCUGACUCAGCAUGGCUGCCGCCGCCCACCGAGCCCCGCCCCCUGCCCGUCCUCCUCUGGCCUCCACCAAUCAGAGGGCAGCGCAGCACGCAGAGGCUGGAGGGACAAAAGCCGGAGGAUGACGUCCACGUUCCUCGACUUUCUCUCUCAGUCUUGCUUCUCAGUUUGUUUCAGGUUGUCAGAUCGGAGGAGGAGGAAGUCCUCAGCUUUCUCAGACGAAGAUGAGAGGUUCAUCUUGAACAACACGCGACCUCUGACCCCGCUGGUCCUCAACCCCGUCCAGGGUACUUCCUGUUGGGACGUCUUCGCCCCCGCCUACGAGCCGACGGUGGACGUGGAGAUUGAGCCGACCCACAGGCUUCCGACGCCGGAGGAGAAGAUGAGGCGGCAGGCGGAGGCGGUCGCCGCUGAUAUAGUCCCGAUCAACAUCACAGGAGAGAGUUUCGAUCGUCAGGCCAGUUUUCGAAAAGUGGUUUCCAACACUGACUCGUUAUCCCGGCGACCCCGCAACCUGAGCCAACGCCGCAAGACGGUCACUGGGAUACCUGACGAUGUCGACCGGGAUCUGGACUCGCCUUUGGUCUCUUUGGUUCUUCCGGGUCAGUUCUCCACCGUGGGUCGACCUGCGUCCUCCGCCCACCGCCAGAAGAACACGAGGGAGGAGGAGGAGGUGGAGGAGAGGGGGAACGUCAGAGAGGAGGGGAAGUCAUCGGCGAGGAAGAUCCGAGCCCCGAGAGGAAGGGGGCUGUCCAGCCUCAUGGCCUCCCUUACGUCCUCCCCGGCUGCUGUCGACUCCUCUCGCGACCGCCGCUCAUCGUCCUCCGAGCUCCGCGGCCUCCCCCGUCUGGCGACCAACUCCUCCCUGAACUCCGAGGCCAGCUGCAACAGCGUCUCCUACAGGACACUCAGUGCCUCCUCAUCUUGUUGCCAGGAUCUUCAGGGUUUCCCCAGCGACCUCCGGCCUCUGCUGCCCUUUGACCCCACAGCCAGGGUCCUCCCCCAGUCUCCUUCCUCCUCCUCCUCCGUCACCUCCUCCCUCGCCAGUUCCCCCGGCCGUGCCCUGCCAUCAGAGUGGUCUUACCCCAGCGACAAGCCCCUGAACGAGGCCGCCCAACAUCGCGGUUCAACUUCCUCCUCCCACUACCUCUCCUCUUCCUCCAUCGCAGACUCUCAGUUUAACUACCCGGCUCUGGAUGACCAGACUCCCACCCAGCAGGACGCCUACGACGGUGGCUCCUACACCGGGGAGACGUGGAACUACCGGCCCCUCUCCCCCAGCUCCAGCGUUCACAGCAGCCAACCCGGUGGCGACUGGAACGGCAUCACCCAGGAGAUGAGAUGUGUCUCUGGGGAAGGUUGGAACUGUGAUCCCCUGCUCUCCUCCGGCCGCUCUACUCCAGAGAGAAUGACCUCCUCUCCCUCGCUGAACCGGGAGAAAAGGAAGUACAGCACUUCCUCCUCCUGCUCUCACGCCAGCACCCGCAGCAUCUCCCUCCGCAAGUCCAAGCGCCCGCCAGCGCCGCCGUUGCGCUCCGACUCUUUGAGGCGCCGGCCGGGUCGUGGCAAACCCUCCCACUCUUCCCCCAGUCCCUGCCCUCGCCUGGAGAACGCCACCCAGCGGACGGCCACGUCGUCUCCCCAGACCUUCCACGACCCCUGGGUGCCCCGGAGCAACACCAAAAGACGCCAGAGUGGGUUCAACUGCGGGACGGUCACAACCUUUGAACCUUUAAGCCCGGACUGCCAGGAGGCGACCUCCGCUGACUAUCCUCCUUCCGAGCCGCCAAGCCCCUCAGAAGUCUUCGCUCCUGGGUCUCCAGGCUCAGAGGAGGAAGAGGGGCUGAGAUUGACUCUCGACUCCCAACCAGCCACCUCCUCCGUGGCGGGGCUUCAGCGCCUCGCUUCGCCCUCCAGUGGCUACUCCAGCCAGUCCAACACCCCGACUCCCGGCACGCCCGUGUCUUCACCCCUCUCCCCUUCCUCCCCUCUCGCAGCGAGCCCUGGAGCUUUCUCCCUCCCCCUCCCGACCUCUCCCUUCUCCUCUUCACACUCGUCUUCCUCCCCCCUGCCUCCUCCUGCCGUCGCAUCCGUCACCAGGACAACGCCUCGGGGCGACGGGAGGCCAAAGCCACCAGUGCCGGAGAGGAAGUCGUCACUCUUCUCCUCCCUCUCCUCCUCAUUUUCCUCCACCUCCUCCCUCUCCUCUUGCACCUCUUCAGACUCCUCUGCCAAGCAUCCUCUUCCUCCUCCUCCUCUACCAGAGUGUUCCUCUCUUUUGCCUCCCGUCUUCUACUCCCCCAUUCGCAAGUGUCCUCCUCUAGCUCCUCCUCUUCCUGCUCCCUCCCUCACCAAUCUGUCCGCUGCUCCUCCUCCUCCACCUUCAUCUCUUCCUCCUCCUCCUCCACCUCCUCCACCUCUCCCACCAUCAUCCCUCCCCACUCCUCCUCCUCUUCCUCCUUCUCGGCCUCCUCCUCCCCCCUACUCCUACGCCGUCAGGCAGACCUCCCAUCAUGCUUCCAUGUCCACCAUGUCAUCAUCAACCAAUUUCCCUCCUCCCCCUUCAUCUCCUCCUCCUCCUCCUCCUCCUUCUCCUCCGCCGUCCUCUUCAGAACUCUCAGAAUUGCCAAUUGCUGACCUUCCUCCUCCACCACCGCCUCCUCCUCUUCCUCCUCUGCCUACAUCUCCUAGCGCCUCCCUCCGCCUUGGUAAGUCUCCGACCCGACGCGCCGCCUGCCCCCUGGUCACCGCUCGAGCUUUGCAGGGCGUCAAGCUUCGCUCCGUCAAGAACCAGAAAGGCAAAUCAGAUCAUGAUUACUACAACCUAACAGCGAGGACACCCAACGAUGAGUCAUCUAACCUUCUAAAAGCAGACGCCAAACUAACCGAGCCGGCAAUGACACAAGGAAACGCAGAUUUUUCCUACUGGACCCUGUCUGGAACAAAAGAUGAAAUACAGACGAACGAUAAGAACGAUUCACCAUCAUCAUCAUAUAGCGCUGUAAAGCCAGCGAGCCCGAGGAAACCCCGCUCCCCAGAGAAGCCGGCGCUGCCGAAGAAGCCCGAUCUCUGCAUUCUGGGUCUCGUGGCGUUGCCCGAGGCAAGACGAGGACCAGGUGGGCGCGAGACCGAAAGUACGACUUCACCCGCAUGCUCUAUGAAUGCUGCUUCUUUACCUGUAAACGUGACACCUGCCGAAGUCACCGCACUCUCACCGACCGGCUCCCCUCGGAGGCAGAAGCCACCGAUUUUGCACAAGAAGCCAGAUCUCUCACCCAAAACAACCAAACCACUCUCUGCACCCAAAGGAACCCUGGAGGAGGUCACUGGUAUUUCAAGGACCUUGGAGAACAGUGGUACCUCAGGAACUUGGGGAACGUCGGAAACCAGCAGCAUCCUAGGGACGAUGGGCAUCUAUGGGAACUGUGGCCCCUCAGGGAUCAUGGGUACCGCAGAGACCCGGAGUAUCAAAGGAGCUCCAAACGCUAUCGACGAGACCAUGAGUACUUUGGAGAACUGGGGAACCUCGGAGACCUGCAGCGUCCUAGGGACGAUGGGGAUCUAUGGGAACUGUACCGCAGAGACCCGGAGUAUCAAAGGGGCUCCAAACGCUAUCGAUGAGACCAUGAGUACUUUGGAGAACUGGGGAACCUCGGAGACCUGUAGCACCCUAGGGACCGUGGGCACCCUGGAGGAGAUCCCUGGUAUUUCAAGGACCAUGGGCGCCUCGGGGAUCAUGGAUACCACAAGGGCUAGAAACACUUUAAACAGCACCAUGGGUACCUUGGAGAACGGUGGUACCUCAGGAACUUGGGGAACCUUGGAGACCAGCAGCAGCACCCUAGGGACGAUGGGCAUCUAUGGGAACUGUACCGGAGAGACCCGGAGUAUCAAAGGGGCUCCAAACGCUAUCGACGAGACCAUGAGUACUUUGGAGAACUGGGGAACCUCGGAGACCAGCAGCACCUCGGGGGUACGUGGAGCUACGUCCACCCAGACGGGAGGCGCCCAUCCAGACCCCCGGAUCAUCAAGACGAGACUUCACGAUGAGAAAACAUUUCAUAAGAGCAUGAUGAGGUCGUCGCUGGCUGAAGAUGAAGAGGAAGACGAGAAGGAGAGGGUGAAAGAGAGAGGGAUGAAGACAUUGAUGAUGACGUCGUCCUCCGCGAGGAAAAAAGACAAAACAAGGAAGAGGAGGAAGAGGAGGCCGGGCAGGCAACUGCUGAUGAUGUCAUCAAUGAAGGAUCCCUCCCCCUCUUCGUCGUCGUCGUCGUCGUCAUCAUCUUCCUCCUCAUCUGGAGACGAACAGAACAUGACGAAAGAGAGAACUGUGCCACCAAGUCGGACGGCGAGGACGGUGUGCGAUCAAGACACCAGUGACUCUGAAAGCUCCUGCGCUCUGAUUGGUCGGAGCAGGUGCUCCCUCAGCAGCGCGCUGUCCACUGACAGCCUGCGGAGGGAGCUGUCGCUUCCAGACCUCCUGAUACACGAGGAAGAAGAAGAAGAAGAGAUGAGGAGGGAGGUGGUGAAGGAGGCCAGAGGACCUCCAGAUGCCGAUGUGUUCGUCAGCGUUUCAGCAGAUCAGAUGUUUGUCUCCGGUCGACCACGAACCACAGAGGAUCUGUUCGCUGUCAUCCACAGGUCUAAGAGGAAGAUGCUAGGAAGAAGGGAUUCAGAAGACGAUAGACAUCAUAUCUCGUGUUCCUCUUCCUCCUCCUCCUCCUCCUCCUCCUCCUCUCCUCCGGUCACCCCCACCGACCUGCUGCCUCGCCCGACGCGACCUGCGGUCCUCAGAAGCCAAAGAUCGGGGAGAAGCGAGAGCUUUAAGGCCCUCCUGCUGAGGAAAGGUAGUCGGUCUGAUUCGUCUUCUCGAAUCUCAGCUGUCGAGCGGCUUUGCAUACUUGCUGCUCCUUCCGACCUCCAGAGUGUGCCGUCACCACCGCGGCCGCCGACGCCACACCAACCUCAAGACAAACCCACCGGCUUGUCCCAUACCCCGGAUAUAUGUGAUAUUAAUGCCCACCUGACUCUGGACGUACCGGUGUCUCCAACAUCGUGCGGUCAGAACUUCUCCAUAAUCGGAUUCGGAUGGGGACAAAGGGAUCUGACGCAGAACCUCCUCACCUCCUCUUCCUCCUCCUCUCACUUCUUCUUCCUCUCCUCCUCCACCUCCUCUUCCUUGCGGCCUCGCUCCCUCACUCCUCCCUGCUCCUCCAGCCGGCGCUUUGCCGCUCGCUGCCGCCUCUACGCCGCCCCCAUGACCGCCAUCUUUGAAGGGGAAAGCGAGGAGGAAGAAGAGGAAGACGACGACAAGGUUUUUAUGGAGUCUCCGCGAACCGAAGGAGAAUCGAGCCAGAGAUUGGUGGAGAUCUCAUGACGGACAGGAAACGUUUAUAGAUGCAGCUGCAACUUGGAUUUCGGCAGGAAGUCGAUGGAAAGUAGCUCUGUGAUGCGUUGCGCUUUCCUCAGAUCCAGUUGUUAGAGAUCACAGAAAAUCUUACCUGAAUGUGACGAUGUCUGGUUCUACUGAACCUUAUCAGGUUCAAGUACAUGUAGCACUGCCUCAGCAAACUGGACUGGACUGGACUGGAUUGGACUGGAAGCGUUUAAUUGAAUGUACUCAAGCACACUUCGACUCUGAUAAAGGACGUGUAGUCACACUGAUGUGUCAGAAAACUACAGAAACCUGGAAAGGACAUUUAUUCUUUCGUGAUUGUUGAAUCACGAUCUCAAGAAAACAAACAAAAAACUUUCUUGUGAACUUUACCGCGACACCUGCAGUUAAUGUACUUAACUUUAAACUAUUAUCUUAAACUUAGGCGUCUCAUAUUUAGUUCGUUACGUAAAGUAUGUUUUACUUUCGUCUCCUCUCUGGCUUUCGAGAGGCGAACAUAUUUCUGUCCGACCAAAGAGGACGUGGACUUAUUUGAGAUCUUGACGUAAAAAUCUUGUUUUCUUGAGCUCAGUGUAAAUGUUACAUUAAUCAUAGUAUAAUAAUACAACGUAUCCUCAAACAACAGUUCUUAUAAUAUCUUACGAAAAGUUACUUCUCAUUUUUCGUGCGUUUUUCCUACGAAUGUCCAGUAACACGUGUCAAUUUCUGCUAGUUACAUACAUACAGUCUUUUCAAAAUAAACUUCACAGGAAACAACUUAGUUAGGUUUAGGAAAAGAUCGUGGUUUGGGUUAAAAUAACAACGGAAGUGGCGUAACUUAAGUCCGGAAGUUACGUGCCUCGCACGGGGCACCAAUAUAGAUCUCCUGGGUGAAAGUCCCGUGAAAGUUUGUUGCUCUUUAUACUUCCUGGUUCACGAUUACGUGGAUUACAUACAAAUUGAUUCUGUGGGAUAUAUAUAUAUAUAUAUAUAUAUACACGAAUAAUAGUGCAUUACUUUUAGUAGGUAUAGCUACGAACGGUGGAACAGCCUGGAUAAUGUUUUAGCAGUUGUAUUUUAAAGCUUUCCCUGACUUCAUACCACAUGUGGGGUAAUAUAAAGAUUCUACUGAUAUUAAAUCAGCAUUUGGUUUCAUUUUAACAGAUUCUAAUGAGAUUAAAUCAAUUCUAUUAGCAUUAACAUAGCGAUAGGAAUUGAAUUGUCUGGUUCUGAUUUCAGGUGGUUUUAGGGAUCGAAAAAAGUUCUGGUGAUCAGAAAGGGAAACGACCUGGAUGUGUUUUUUUAUUAUUAUAAGUAUUAUUUCAGACAUUUUUAAAAUCAUGCUGAGCUGUUAGAUUCUUCUUUUUAACAGCAGCUCCUGUUUUUAUAUGUUCUUACCAGCUAUAAGCUGACACUAUAACUAAUAUGGGAUGUAGUUUCUCCUAAACUGUAAAUAAUCCUGUUUCAUCUGUUCAUCUUGCUUCUUCUACUUUUGUCUUGUUUAUGUUGCUGUUGCUGGAUCUUCUGUAGCAUUUUAUUCAGCUCCAGUUUGAAGCCUCAAAUCUUCUGUUUUUUGUAAAAGAAAGUAGCAGAUAGUGAAACGACAUAACAGAAGGAUCAGAGAGAUCAGAAAGACGAUGGCUUAGGAACAUAAUUAUCUUCUCUGUGCGAAUGUACGAGGUUCAGAUUUAAUCUAUUAACCGUGAAAUUAAUACAAUUUAACUGGAACUAGAAGAGAUGAAUAGAGAAUGAAGAGUGUUUUUUGUAUGUGUGGAGAAAAGAUGGAACAUUUAAAUGUAAAUAAAGGAAACUAAUGGAAGCAAUAAAGGACAAACUGAAUUUAA